AUGCCCUCCUUCCACGCGCCGUCAUGGGUGCCACAGCUCCCCAUCGAGCCUCCCAACUCCAUCUCCAUCGGCGACUUUAUGCUCAAUGAGCAAUACGGCCGACUUGCGCAUGCGACCUCGAGGAAUCCCUUCACCUGCGGCGUGACGGGCAAGACAUACUCAAGUACUGAAGUCAAGGAGCGCGUCGAAUACCUCGCACGCGGACUGGCCAAGGAGCUCGGAUUCGAGGUGAACAAGGGCUCAGAGUGGGACAAGGUCGUUGCUGUCUUCUCGUUGAACACGCUAGACACGCUUCCUCUUGCAUGGGCGACGCAUCGUCUGGGCGGCAUCCAGACGCCUGCGAACGCGGCCUACAGCGCCACCGAGCUCGAGUAUCAGCUGAAGAACUCGAAAGCGAAAGCCCUCUUCACCUGCCUCCCGUUGCUCGACCUUGCGAAGCAGGCAGCUAAGAAAUGCGGCAUACCCGAAACUCGCAUAUAUUUGCUGGAACUGCCAGAGGCGUUCGCGGAUAGCAAAAGCAAGUCGAGCGGCAUGAAGACGGUAGACGACUUGAUUCUUGAAGGCGCCAAGUUAGACCGUCUGGAACCCUUGAACUGGGCACCUGGGCAUGGCGCUGAGAGGACCGCAUUCCUCUGCUACUCUAGCGGCACAUCAGGAUUGCCGAAAGGCGUUAUGAUCUCUCACAAGAACGUCAUCGCAAACAUAUUGCAAAUAUGCACGUUCGACGACCCUUACAGACAAACAAAGGCCAACCCAGGUGAAAUCUACACCGAAAAUGUAUUAGGCCUGCUUCCCAUGUCACACAUCUACAGUCUGGUUGUUAUCUGCCAUACAACCGUCUACCGGGGAGACAGUGUAAUUGUUCUUCCCAAAUUCGACUUCCAGACUACGCUUCAGUCCAUCCAAGAUUACAAGAUCAACUCACUUUUUCUGGUCCCGCCCAUCAUUAUCAUGUUGACCAAGAGUCGGGAGCUUCUCGCCAAGUACGAUCUCAGCUCUGUUUGGUCGAUUUUCACAGGCGCGGCUCCGCUUGGUAAAGAAACAGCAGAGGAGUUGCAGAAGAUCUUCCCUACGUGGAAGAUUCGUCAGGCCUAUGGCCUUACCGAGACGUGUACAGUCGUGUGUUUGACCUCUCCUGACGAUGUUUGGUUCGGCUCAUCCGGUUCACUUGUUGCUGGUAUUGAGUGCAAGCUCAUAACUCCCGAAGGCAAGGAGGUUACCGAAUACGAUACUCCCGGCGAGCUCUGCGUGAAGUCCCCUUCCGUUGUGCUGGGGUACUUGAAUAACGAUAAGGCGAACGCGGAAACAUUCAAAGAUGGGUUCAUGCACACCGGUGACGAGGCAGUGAUCAAGAAGUCGCCAGCGGGCUACGAACACAUUUUCAUCGUUGAUCGAAUUAAAGAGCUCAUCAAAGUCAAUGGACACCAAGUCGCUCCCGCAGAACUUGAAGCUCAUCUUCUCAGCCAUCCGGCGGUGAACGACUGCGCUGUCAUUCAAAUCCCCGAUGAAAAGGCUGGCGAAGUGCCGAAGGCGUUCGUCGUCAAAUCAACAUCGGUUGGUAUCGAGGAGAGCGACCGCGUGCUUGCCCGCCAAAUUCAGAGGCACGUUGAGCAACACAAGGCACGGUACAAGUGGAUAUCGGGCGGUAUCGAAUUCAUCGAUGUUAUCCCUAAGAGUCCGUCGGGGAAGAUCUUGAGGCGACUGCUGAGGGACAAGCAGAAGGAGAACAAGAGAAAGACUGGCGCCAAAUUGCUGAGGCGAUACAAAAUGGCCGUCCCAAACCCCAACCAGCCCCUCCAGGAAGACGACAUCGACUACCAUGAUGAAGACAACAUGCUCGAAGCCGAUGAGGCGGAAGAGAUCGUAGAAGAUGAUGGCGACGUCCCCAUGGAUUCAGAUGACGAGGGCGAUGAGGGCGUGGAGAUGGAGAUACAACUGCAGAACGACUCUUUCGCGCACUUCGACGAGCACACAGACAGCAUCUUCUGCAUAGCGCAGCACCCCGUACAUCUAGAUAUCGUUGCAACAGGUGGUGGCGACGACAAAGGCUAUAUUAUCGAUGUCUCCUCGGCACCUGCUGCUCAACCUAGCGACAGUGCGCAACCACAAGAAAGAGAGGGAUUGAAGAACUUGUUCACGCUGGACGGGCACAAAGACUCCAUCAACGCUAUCACGUUUUCUCAGCCCAAGGGUCAGUUUGUAGCAACAGCAGGGCUGGACGGGAAACUACGCGCAUGGCAGGGCGUUCCGGACGGCAAGAAAUGGAAGUUCCUGGCCGAAGUGCAAGAAGUCGAGGAAAUCAACUGGCUCAUCGCGAACCCUUCCCCCAACCACCCCAACGUCCUUGCCCUCGGUGCAAACGACGGUUCGGUCUGGGUCUACCAGCUGAGCACCGAUAAGGGCGCGGAACUACAGGUCUUACAGGCUUACUACUCCCACACCGAGAGCUGCACAGCGGGAACAUGGUCGCCGGACGGUUCUCUCCUAGCCACCAUCUCCGAAGACUCUAGUCUUUACGUCUGGGAUGUGUUCGGCGACGCUGCAUCGCAGGGUCUCACAUCAACAUCCGACUCACAAGCUGUCGUUGGUCUGACCGGAGUCGACGAACGCUUCCGCGUUGAAGGCGGUCUGUACUCCAUUGGCAUCCCUCCCUCGGGCGCAUUCGUCGCAGUCGGCGGGCCAGAAGGUCAGAUUCGCAUCGUCGGCCUACCUCGUCUUUCCCUCGCCGCACCUCCACAAGGAACGACAUCCUCUGGCGGUGGCGGCGCAAAGAACAAAGCCGGUGGCGGCAAGCAAGUCGCUGCCAAAGGCGGCGCUUCAUCCGCCGGCCAAGCAGGCCAGAUCCUCGCCAGUCUCCAGGCGGGAAGCGAUAAUGUCGAGUGCAUGGAUUUCUCAUCCCCGCCGCUCACACUCAUGGCUGCUGGAAACGUCGAUGGCUCCAUCACCCUUUUCGACACGGCACAUCGGUUUGCGGUCCGCAGGCGGAUAGAAGAAGCACACGCGGAUGAAGACUCGCCACAAGCUGUUGUCAAGGUGGACUUCGUCAAGAAAGAAGGCCCGGGCGGGUGGCUGCUCACAAGUGCUGGAUACGACGGCGUGCUCAGGCGGUGGGAUGCAAGGGGUGGGACGGCAGCUGCUGGCAAGGGGCUUGUGGGUGAGUGGAAGGGUCACCAGGGUGGUGGAGAGGGUGGGGGUAUUAUGGGGUUCGUGCAGGGUGACGGGGAAGCUGUUAUCACAGCAGGGGACGAUCACGUUGCGCUGGUGUUCAAGACACCGUUGUAG